GGCCUGUCCGAGUUGGCCAGUGCUGUCAUAUAUAGGGUAGUCAACAAAUUGGAGCCAAUACUUGCUCCCAAUUUGUUGGUCCCGUCGGUGGACCACUACCUGGACAGCUCGUGCGGUGACUACCAAAAACAUGCCUUUGAGAUCCCGGUAGUGUCUAUUGUCUGCCGAACGGGACUGAUAUCAUUGCAAUCAGUGUACAAAUCAAAGGCAUUCAAAUCAGAUGCGUUGAUUGCAUUUAUAUCCUUUGUAUCGUUAGUUUGCGACGACUAUUACGAAAAACUGGAUUUUGAUUUGUCGGUCAAAGUAUACGAUUGGUCACAGAAUCGGCCCAUUUAUGAGCACAAGUCUCGCCACUUGUCCGACAGUUUGUCCGCACAACUCGUGUAUAACAUAACUGUUGCCAAAUUGUAUAGAGUGGCCAAAUGCCUUAAAACUGUUUGUCACAGUGAUUGGGUAUUGAGUGUGGAGGUGACAAACACCAAGCGCAAAUUACAGCCUAAUAUCAAAGUAUUGAACGUGAAGGAGGUUAAGGGGGCCGAGGGUUCAGCCCCUGUGGGCCCGCAUUAUCUGUCAAACAGCCACAUUGCUAAACAAUAUACUGAACACUGGUUUCAGCCGACUAUCAAAAGCAUUGAAUUAAUGGUUUCGUCACUCAAUCAACUGUUUCUCGAUAUCCGCCACAGAAGAAGACAUACAUCUCAAGCGGUUUCGCCGUUAAAGUCAACACCACUGAAGACAUUA